AUGCCACCAAAUUCGAUUGAUCUUGCCCAAGCUGCAAGAAACGGACCGGUUGUCGUUAUCAACUGCGAGGAAAAUAAUUGCGAUGCACUUUUGAUCGUACCUGGACGUGUCAACGUUACUCACAUCCCUCUCCCCAACUUUACUGGAACGAAGGCUCAGCGAAUUCGUUUAGAAAUGGAAAACUCGAGCAGGAGCCGGCGAUCGAGUGAACGCGGCGCUGAACGCCGGCCAAUGCAGGAGGAAGAACUGGGCUUCGAAAACAUACUGUCGGACCUCUGGUACGAUAUUGUCAAGCCAGUGCUAGACUUCUUGGGAUAUACGAAAAAUACCGAUGAGACAGCGAAGAACGUGCCGCAUAUAACAUGGUGUCCGACAGGCGCAGUGUCGUUUCUACCAUUGCAUGCUGCCGGGGAUUACAACCAACCGCAAUCACGAGUAUUCGAUCAUGUCAUAUCCUCUUACACGCCUACGCUCACCGCUCUUCUCGGCUCAUCUCUUGGCACACUGAACCGUGAUUCGCGAGUACUCGUUGUUGGCCAAGAAGCUACACCAGGCCAUCAGAGGUUGCCAGGUACCGUCAAAGAGCUUGAAUGUGUAACGGGACAUCUAAAAGGGAGAGUCAAGUACUCGGAGCUGUUGGGAAGUCAAGCAACCACUGGGGCCGUUCUCGAUGCAAUGGAGCAACACGACUGGGUCCAUCUUGCCUGCCAUGCCCAUCAGAAUGUCCAGAACCCAACCGAAAGCGGAUUCUUCCUGCACAAUGGCACGCUGAACCUAGAGUCGAUCAACCGGAGAUUCUUCAAGAACAAAGGUUUGGCAUUCUUGUCCGCUUGCCAAACCGCGACGGGCGACGAGAAGCUACCUGACGAAGCUAUUCAUCUUGCAUCAGGUAUGCUGAUGUCCGGGUAUUCGAGCGUGAUUGCCACAAUGUGGUCGGUGUACGAUGAUGAUGCACCGCUAGUAGCUGACAAGGUGUAUGGUUGGUUGAUGAAGGACGGAAAGCUUGGGAGCGGAGAAGCAGGCAAAGCGCUACAUUACGCGGUUGCAGAGUUGCGGGACAAGGUCGGGGAAAAGAAUUUCAGUCGGUGGGUGCCAUAUAUCCAUAUAGGCUCCUAG